CUCACCCAACCCGACCCAAAAAAUCAUGGGUUAUCGGGUUUGAGUCAUUCGAAUUUCGGGUUACAAAAAUCUCUAGUUUUCGGGCGGUUUCGGGUAGGGUCAAUGGAUCGAAUUGUAAUUUGCCCGGUCUAAUGACGGGCAAUGUAAUUAACUAAUUAUAUUUAGGUCUCGUUUGGUAUGCGGCCAGGAAAAAAGUAGGGAGAUUACUUUCCACAGAUCAAAGCGGAUCCACCUCUGGUUUGUUUGUUAAACACACUCUGUUUCCCCUAAUGACAGGGAUUUCUCACAGAAAAGUGGUGGCCGUCCAUUUCGGCCGAUCCUUCCACUCACGAUCGCCACGUGUCGGCCUUUUUGUGGUCGGUCCUUUCCAUGACAUCCAUCCCCACCGUCCGUCCCCAUUAUAUUCUGCAGUCAUCAUAAAGCAAUUGCGUCGCCUCUAAUUCUUUCUCAAACUAAACGUCGUCACUCCUCGGGUCUCGGGAAUCUUAACGUCGUCAGAUUUCAAAUUCUACCCGAGCCAACCUCCGAGCCUCAGCCUCGGACUCUUUUCUACGGUAUAUUUAUAAUCUGCACACUGCAGGAGAGCCAUUCCCCUCCCACUGUGUUCCCACUUCCUUUGCUUUGCUGCUCCCUUUUCAACUUGCUUCUCUGCUCAGAGCUACUAGGGUUUUGGAUCCAAGGUCUCGUAGAUCUAACUGCAAUGGCGGAGGAGCAUUCUGAGAGUCCGAUUGAGUCCGUGAUGGACAAGAUCAGCGAGAAGAUCCAUUCUCACGAUUCGUCGUCCUCUUCUUCCUCCGACUCCGAUUCCGAUUCCGAGAAGAAGAAGAAGGCAACAGAAUCGCCGUCUUCGGUGAAGGAGAAGAUUUUCAGGUUGUUUGGUAGGGAGAGACCUGUUCACCACGUUCUCGGCGGAGGCAAAGCUGCUGAUGUGAUGUUGUGGAGAAACAAGAAGUCUACUGGCAUCAUUCUUGGUGGUGCUACCCUAAUCUGGGUUCUGUUUGAAUUGGUUGAAUAUCACUUGCUGACCUUGGUCUGCCACACCUUGAUACUCUCACUUGCUCUGUUGUUCUUGUGGUCUAAUGCCCAUACAUUCAUCCACAAGAGUCCGCCAAAGAUACCGGAGAUCCAUCUUCCAGAGGAACCAGUGCUGCAGGCUGCUGCAGGGCUGGCAGUUGAGAUCAACCAAGUUCUUGCCCUGUUGCGAAACAUCGCUUUAGGAAAGGAUUUGAAGAAGUUUCUAAUGGUCAUUGCUGGCUUGUGGCUCAUGUCGAUUCUGGGAAGUGGCUGCAAUUUCUUGACCUUGUUUUACACAGCUUUUGUUCUACUGCACACUGUUCCUCUGAUCUACGAGAAGUACGAACACAAAAUCGACCCACUAGCAGAGAAGGCGACGAUCGAGAUUAAAAAGCAGUAUGCUGUUUUCGAUGCAAAGGUGCUGAGUAAGAUCCCAACAACUGCUGCGGCACUGAAAGCAAAGAAGUUUUAGAAGCCCUGUGUCCGAUGGUCGUGGAUGUUUUGAGUUUUUGUCACUUUGAAUCUCCAUAUUAUCCUAGUUAGUGCUGCUCCUUUGUUGAUUCCCCAGUAGACCGUUUUCUAAGCUUUUGGGGGUAAACGAAUUUGGCAAUUACUCUAUCAAGUGAAAAUCGUUAGGAUUGUAACUUGUGAACAAUGAGAUGAGCGAUUUACCAAGUCUAGCAUCUUUCACAAUUGGUCAAUGCUGUCCACCGUUUUGCUUGAAUUUGGGAAGCUCGAGACCACUUACCAAUUGUUGUAAACUUGUUUCAUGGUAGUUGGAUUAGCGGUCAAGGAGGUGACUCUCUAACUUUACAAAAUCAAACCGUCCCAUUGGCUGGAGAGAAACAAGUGCUUGAAGGAAACUCUAUUUAUUAAUACGUCGAGGUUGAGCUAAGUCUUGCCUAGUUCUCGAGCUAGUUUUGACUCCUUGUUGAAUUCAACUCGUCAGUUGGUUUGCUUUAACUCAUGAGUUGAAUAGAUAGCUAAUGAGCCAACUCGAUAAUGGGAAAGCAAUUUUAUCUAUAUCUUAUGAGUAGGUUGAUUGAUGAUCAUAGAUUUGUUGAUAUUUCAAUGCAAUAAAAUCAGCAACGUUAAUGAUUAUUCACAAGGUUGGUACCAUUGCAAAGAGUUCGUCUCCAAGAGUAUCGUGGAGUUAGCAGCAUAAGUUUGGUGUCAUUACGAGGGAGAUUCGAGGAUAGGGAGUUUUUAAGUCAAACUUCUCAGUUUAAAGUUCAGGUAUUGUUCCUGACAAUUCGUAAAGUAAAAAAUCUCUUUUUAAUUUUCCAUGGGAAAAUUUUACUAAUGUGUCUUUGUGACUUUCCAAUUUGUUCAUGUUCGACCAAUGACUUGCAGUCAUUUGACGUCUAUACCAAAAAGCGUCUUCUCCUAAGAAACUGUGAGAACUAGAGAAAUCUUUAAAGAUCAAAUCUAAAAUAAAAAUAAUUGGAGCAGAAUUCAUUAGAAAUUGAGGUAUAUGGGUCCAUCAAUAAUUGGAAAUCAUUGGCUGCUGAAAUAUAAUUGUUGACUAUAUGUUACUUUUUUUUUACAAUUACUAUAUGUUACUUGGUGAUAAGUAUUAUGACUUCAUAGUGAUUAAUAUGGAUAUAUUGGGAAAAAAUGGUUAAAAUAUACGUUUACGCUUGAGGUUAAUAAAUUGGGAUUUUGGCA